AAACAAAUUCACUCAGAGUCGACUCUACUAGGACAGUCAACCUCGCGAGGAUCAUUCUCAGCUCCGACUCACCCGCGCAAGUGUUCUAUCAAUUGAAUACAUCUUACUGACGAUGCAGGUCAAGACGUUCGUCAUCUCUGCCCUCUUUGCGAGCCUUACUUCUGCCUUUCCCCUCACCCUCGAGAGCCGCGCAGUAAUAGCCCACGACGCUGUGGUUCCUUUCGCCCAAACCGUUCCAUCAGGCACCACCGGCACGCUCUACCUCAAAUAUAAGCCUUUCCUGAAGAUCUUCAAUGGCUGUGUACCCUUCCCUGCUGUGCAAGCCAACGGCGACACGGGCGGCGGCCUCGCCACAACCGGUGUCUCCGACGGCGACUGCUCCAGCAGCACCGGCCAAGUAUACUCACGCGCCACAUCCUUCGCUGGGCGUUACGCCAUCAUGUACUCGUGGUAUAUGCCCAAAGACUCGCCGUCAUCGGGCCUCGGCCACCGACACGAGUGGGAGAACAUUGUAGUAUGGCUGAGCGCCGCGUCGGAGACGGCUACGACGCUCUCAUUCGCCGUCUCUGCGCAUGGCAACUACGAUGUGUCUGCGAGCCCAAGCUAUAGCGGUGCCAGGCCCUUGGUCGGGUAUCGGAGUGUGUUUCCGGUGAAUCAUCAGAUGGUGUUCACGAGCGAUGUGGGUGGCGAGCAGCCGUUGGUGGCGUGGGAGAGCCUGACAACUGCGGCGAGGACGGCACUGACGGAUACGGACUUUGGAGACGCAACGGUGCCGUUCAAAGAUAGUACGUUCACGGUGAAUUUGCAAAAGGCGAUUGAUGCUGAGGGGUGAAGUUGAGGUGAUUGGUCUGGUCACGAGCAUGUUUGCUUCUACGCAAUUCGAAUACGUACAUUUUUUCUUCUGCAGACACAUUUGGCUCUCCACCUUGGAGCUAGAGCUAGAACUUCGAGGACCAAGACUUAAUACCUUGUACUUCAGCAUUGAACUCAAGGCUACUGGGCAUAUCCUGACUUCUCAUCGCUCUUGGACACGACAUGCUCUUCUAUGUUUCGAAAGCCUAUGCUCGUUCAGAGCAUACAUGACCGUACGCUCCAUACGAGAUCAGUCGGUUAUAUAUUGCAAGACCUACUGCCAUUCACGCAAGGUAACAGGCAGCGACCAUUGCAGUACCACGAAUAUUUUCUUCCACAUAGAUUUUUUCCCAAUUUGGCUCACGACCCAGCUUCAGAGUGCAAUCUUUCCUUACAUAUAACAGACAGCCUGUGAAUC